AUGCAGAACCUUGCUGUGAACUGGUCACGGGGUGAUUAUCUGCGGCUGAGCAUCUCUCUUCUGAGACCCUGGAGCCUGGAGGAAGUGUAUGUGGUGCUCAGCAGUCGGUCAGGCUGCAGCAGCUUCAAGGAGGACUUUGCUGCUGAAAGUGGGAAGAAUAGGAGGAGGAGGACCAGACGAGGCUUGAAGAGAGGUAAUAAUUACUUCUCUGAUCUCAGCAUGUUCUCUUUUCUUCUUCCCAACCCAGAGCAUGUCUGUUCGAUCCUGGCUUCCCUCCUGCGGAACCUGAGAGGGCAGCAGCGAACCCGGCUUCUGAAUAAAUUCACUGAAAAUGACAGUGAGAAGGUUGACAGACUAAUGGAGUUGCAUUUUAAAUAUCUGGGUGCAAUGCAGGUGGCGGACAAGAAGAUUGAAGGGGAAAAACACGACAUGGUCCGGCGUGGAGAGAUCAUAGACAGUGACAUUGAGGAUGAAUUCUACCUCCGGCGCUUGGAUGCGGGGCUCUUUGUUCUCCAGCACAUCUGCUACAUCAUGGCGGAGAUCUGUAAUGCCAAUGUCCCCCAGAUUCGCCAGAGAGUACACCAGAUCCUGAACAUGCGGGGAAGCUCCAUCAAAAUUGUCAGGCACAUCAUCAAGGAGUAUGCGGAGAACAUCGGAGACGGCCGGAGCCCCGAGUUCCGGGAGAAUGAGCAGAAGCGCAUCCUGGGCCUGCUGGAGAACUUCUAGAGGCCUGCGCUGAGGACUCACUCACAGCUUCUCUCCCGAGACAGUUUUUAGAUGACUCUGCGUGGCUUUUGGACAAAUUAAAGCUAGUUUUGGUAUCCUC